CAACUACUGAAAAUCAAUGGGAAAGUUUCGCUGUGAUAAACCCCAUGACUCUUCAUGUUUGCUUAUUUUUCUGGUAAUUUUCUUCUCAUAUCAGCUGCUUUCUUCAGCAUACACACUUCCAGACCAGUAUUUCAUCAACUGUGGAUCAAAUAUGGACAUAAACGUCAGUUCCCGGACGACCUUCGUCGGCGACUCGAAUUCUGAUUCGGUUUCAUUCACCAAGGGAAGCAGCUUUGUCACAGACAACAGCCAGGCAUCAGACACGCCAUCUCUAUAUCGAACUGCAAGAAUUUUCCGGCACAUGUCUUCAUAUAAGUUCAAAAUCAAUACUAAUGGCACGUACCUGGUACGCCUUCAUUUCUCCAACUCUGCAGAUGUAUCAGCAGCGGUUUUCAAUGUUUCCACUUCUGGUCUUCUUCUCUUGCAUAAUUUCUCCGUCCAAGAACUCGGUGUCGGCUCUACUCUAACAAAGGAAUUCAUUUUCAGAAUUCCUAGAGGCAAAUUGUUAAUCUUCUUUGUACCACAAGGAUCUUCAUUCGCUUUCGUCAAUGCCAUCGAGGUCUUCCCUGCUCCUCCGGAUUUCAUUCUUGAUAAUGCUACGCAGGUUAGUCGGACCAAAAACAACAACGAUUACAAAGGCCUUCUCUCUAUAGCUUUGCGGACGAUUCAUAGAAUUAAUGUUGGAGGCCCUACAAUCACCCCCGAAAAUGAUACUUUGUUAAGAACAUGGCUUCCUGAUGAUAAGUACCUGAAUGAUCCAAACACUGCAAUGAAUAGCCAAGUUUUUGCAGGUGUGAUUAAAUAUUCAGCUAUGGUUAACGAUUUCAUUGCGCCGGAUCAAGUAUACAAGACUUCUAAGGAGAUGAUAAAUGACUCCAAGAUAGUCUGGUCUUAUGAUGUGCCUAGAAAUGCUAAGCACUUGGUUCGGAUUCAUUUCUGCGACAUUAUUAGCCCAGCGCUGAAUUUCAUUAGUUUUUUUCUGUAUAUAAAUAGCGACUUCAGCCUGAAAAUAAAUCCUUAUGAAGAAGUGGUGGAACUGGAAACUCCAUUUUUCAUGGACUUUGUGCUUGAUUCUGAUGAUUCAGGGUUCAUAAACAUCUCCAUAGGGCCAGAUAGUAGUUCCCCUCAGAAAAAUGCCUUUCUAAAUGGCGUUGAGAUUAUGGAAAUGAUGGGGAAAGCUGAUUUGGUUCCUAUGACUGAUAAGUCGAACCAGAUGUCUCCCUCUGUUGUGGUUGGUUCGGUCUUUGGAGGUCUAGUUCUUGUCUGCAUCUUCGGAGGUCUGUUGGUUAUUAGAUCAAAACGUAGGAAGCAGAAACCGGUUGAUCAAACUCUUGAAUGGUCACCAUUACCUGAACUUAAAGGAAGUUCUCACGGUAAUUUGAAGAUGCCUCAACUAUCAACACUAAGCAGAGAGGGAAAUAUUAAUGCUUCCCCUGUUCCUAACCUGAACCUGUGUUUAAGGAUACCAUUUAUUGAGAUUCAGCUGGCGACGAAAAACUUCGAUAAGAAGUUGAAGAUCGGUAAGGGUGGAUUUGGGAAUGUCUAUCGAGGGACUCUCAGGAAUGGCAUGAAAGUGGCGGUGAAACGAAGCGAGCCAGGGUCAGGUCAAGGUUUGCUGGAAUUUCAUACGGAAAUCAUGGUUUUAUCCAAAAUCCGACAUCGUCAUCUUGUGUCUUUGAUCGGAUAUUGUGAUGAAAGGGUUGAGAUGAUACUGGUUUACGAGUUGAUGGAAAAAGGAACUUUGAGGGAUCAUCUAUAUAACACAAAACUACCUUGCUUGUCUUGGAAGCAAAGGCUUGAUAUUUGCAUUGGUGCAGCAAGAGGACUUCAUUACCUCCACAAAGGUGCAUCUGGGGGCAUCAUUCACCGGGACGUAAAGUCGACAAACAUCUUGCUCGAUGACAACCUCGUAGCCAAAGUAGCCGACUUUGGCCUUUCUAGGUCAGGCCCUCUGGAUCAAACACAUGUCAGCACAGGCAUUAAAGGAACUUUUGGCUACCUUGAUCCCGAGUACUUCAAAACACAGCAGCUGACCGAAAAAUCUGAUGUAUAUUCGUUCGGUGUGGUUCUUCUUGAGGUGCUUUGUGCAAGGCCAGCUAUCGAUCCUAAACUUCCAAGAGUGAACCUAGCAGAAUGGGGAAUGCAUUGCAAGAAUAAAGGGUUUCUAGAUCAAAUUGUGGAUCCAUCCAUAAGAUCUCAGAUCAACCCCAACUCAUUAAGAAAAUUUGUAGAGAUAGCAGAGAAAUGUUUGCAAGAUGACGCAUCUGAUAGGCCUACGAUGAGUGAUGUGGCAUGGGACUUGGAGUAUGCUUUAAAGCUUCAGCAAACCGCAGUUGUACAAGAGCCACACAUGGACAGCACGUCGAAUGCUUCCAUUAUGUUAUCGUCGCAUGUCCUUGAACGUUUACCUUCUGCAACUGCCGAAUUCGGGAGAGAUGACAUGUCUAUGUCAAUAGUAAGUGAGAAUGACUCAGAUUCUGUCCCAACAGGAAGUGAAGUUUUCUCCCAAUUGAGAAUUGAAGAUGCCAGAUAAAUGGAAGUUUAUAUUUUUAUUACAUCUGCAGCUACAUAUGUAUACAUUCAGCUACAUAGACAACUUACAUAUAUAAUAUAUGUACCAACGCUAGAGACCAACACUGCAGUCCUGAGAAAUUACAAACCAGAAGAUCGAAAACGAACAUAAAUCCGAAGGAAAGAUUCGUACUAGUGACCAGGGCCUUUUUUGCUCGGUCUGGAAUCCGUAGUUGCCGCUUGCAGCUUCGAUGAAACCCGAUCGCUGUUAUCUUCGGCAGGAUUUGAAGUUGAACCUAUGCUAACAUUUUUAACCUCAGGAAUGGCUUCCUCGGUCGCAUCUCGGGUCUUCUUUGUCGAUUGAAGGGUUCUAGAAGAAGCAACAGAUGGUGAAGGAACAAGCAUGGCGGACACCACCAGAACAAGGCACAAGUAUUGUUUCAUUGUUAAAUGUUAAUGUUGUAAUUCUUGUCCUGUGGUCUCGCAUGUCUUAAUGUCAUAACCGCACCCCUUUGUAUAAUAAAA